CUUCCGUCGGCUUCGUUAAUACAUAGUUUUAUAAACAAUUUGUCAUCAUGGCUAUGAGUGUAGCACCUCCAGUUCAAAAACCAGGAAAUAUGGCCGGUAGUGGAUGGCCAAGAAGAAAUAGUCAAGGUACAGCAAAUAACUUUGAUGGCAACAAAUUCCCACCAAAUCCUGCACUUACAAUAAACAGAACAAUUAACUUAUAUCCACUAACAAAUUAUAUAUUUGGAACAAAAGAACCUUUAUUUGAAAAAGAUCCAAGUGUACCUGCACGAUUUCAACGUAUGCGUGAUGAAUUUGAACGAAUUGGAAUGCGGCGAAGUGUUGAAGGGGUUUUAUUAGUACAUGAACACGGUUUACAUCAUGUACUGUUAUUACAGUUGGGCACAACGUUUUUUAAAUUACCAGGUGGUGAAUUAGCACCUGGUGAAGAUGAAGUUGAGGGACUUAAAAGACUUUUAACGGAGACGCUGGGUAGACAAGAUGGUGUCAAGCAGGAAUGGUUAGUGGAAGAUAUUAUCGGCAAUUGGUGGAGACCGAAUUUUGAACCGCCACAAUAUCCAUAUGUACCACCGCACAUAACACGACCAAAAGAACAUAAGAAGCUAUUCCUUGUCCAGCUCCCAGAAAAGGCUUUGUUUGCGGUACCUAAAAACUACAAGUUAGUAGCAGCACCUUUAUGUGAACUUUAUGAUAAUUCUCAAGGAUAUGGGCCGAUUAUAUCUUCACUGCCACAAGCACUUUGCAGGUUCAAUUUUAUCUACAUGUGAAUAAUGACAUGAAGUCUGAUCUCUGAUGUUUGGAAUGCAAAAUGACGAUGAUUCCCGUGGAGGAGAUUAAAAACGAAUGAUCAAUUAAAAAAUUGUACUUUUAAUUAUUUAAAUUAAGUCUUAUUUUAA